UUUGAGCCCCCAUUAACAGUUUUCCGGAUCCAACUAGACCUUCUAAUAAUUUUGAAGUAGUACGAGAAUGGAUAGUGAUACCAAGGUGUUCUGUCCAUGUUUCGAGCCACGAGAGAGCCGGCACAGGACCACGCAGGAGCCUCCCACGACCAUGCUGGAACCUCCCACGACCCUUACCGACCCCAAUUGCUCGUUCAAUACCAAGGAUGUUUACUUUUGCACUAAUUGUCAGUCGAUAAAGUGCAACAGAUGCAGUGAGCCGGAGAUUGAGUCCAAAUAUUGUCCCAGCUGCAUGUCCAUCGCCAGAGCCGGAUGCAACUCGUGCCCCCGCAACUGCUUCACAUGCCCACUUUGUCGGACAAACCUCACAGUAACACCUGGUGGACCUCGAUCCUACACAUUUCAAUGCGAAGGUUGUGAGUACUCGUAUGUCCAGAAGACCGAGUCUGAGCGGCUAACCGUACCCUUACUGCGGGUGGUCAAAGCAUCCACUUUGCUGAAUAACGCGAGCUACACUAGGUUCACAGAGCUUUGUAACCAAUUGGAGCGGGAAGGGUUGGAGGGUACGGAUGCUUUGUCUGCCGUGUCCCAAACGGGGCAGAAGCUCCUUAACAGACUACCCCCAGACUUGCAGCUAAAGAGCUUGUCCGUUGCCGAGACGAAACAGGCAGACGCCAGUCCUGUUUUAUUCGACGAAGAGGCAGACUUGUCAGUAGCUGUCCAGUUUGAGGGAAUCAAAAACCAAAUAACUCCCACGUCGCAGAUACACCUUCCAGGCAUGGUUCCUAUCUCCACAAGGUUGAGAACCAAGAAAUCAAUCCUCUGCAAACUGUGCCGCAAAAUCAUCAUUAAACCAGAUAAAGAGCCUACCAUUAUCAAAUUCCUCAAGUCUUCAUACUUUCACGACAUAUUCCCCACCAUUAAGGUGGCUUUGCCGGCGAAUACCCAUUCGCAGACCACUAACUUUUCCAUGAACGACGCUCUUUCCGAGGAAACCCAGAACUGCACUUUUCUUAUAAGCUUUAUAAACAAUUGCAAGCUCUUGACGGAUGUGACAAUCUCCACUAACCAGAAACACGUGUUUCAGAUAAAGUCGCCCCCAGAAAUGCUAUUUAUGGAAGCCACCAUCCCAGUUCCGCACUUUAAGUUGGGAGCAAAGCCCGAAAAGUUGAAUAAACCGGAAUUGAUCGUGAAAACCAUUCCAACACAUUACUUGACUAAAAACACAAAGCUAGCUCGAGUGGAAGCUAUUAACCGGGUAGGGAGUAAACACGACGAAGGAACGGAGAAGGGGAUUAACUGGGUUUCUUUGAAUCUCAAAGUAAAGAUAUCCAGCAUUAUCGAGGAGGCCGACUCUCAAUUGAAGGCCACAGUAGUUGAAAGUUUGAAGGGUAUACGUUUACCGAUUUUUGUCACAGUUGUCAAUGAUAGGUGUGAUUUCGGCUGCUGGUGUUUGAUAAAUGUUGGGAAAUUGAUUGAAGAGGGGAGCCAUGCAUAAAGGACAAGUUAUAUGCUUACAUUUUAUAAGUCCAAAAAAAGGAUAAUAUGGUA